GGCUAAUCAGGUGGGAGGAUGCUGCUGUGUGGAGCUGCGCAGUGGUCCCUACAGUUUUACAGGGACCCUGGUAACGCAGACUCGGGCGGCCUGGGGAGUUUUGUGAGCCGCCUCGUCAAUUUCCUCCCCUUUUAUUCUCUCGUCUGCCCGCCGGAGAGCGUCGACAGCGUUCGGGGCCAGCCCACCUGGAGGAAUAAUAAUGCCGGUCCGCACGGAGUCCUGCUGCAACGCCUCCGCGGCCUUGAUCUCCCCGGUUUCUCUUAUCCCUCCUCCCCCGAUCAACACGCAGCAGCCCGGCGUCGCCACCUCACUCCUCUACAGCGGUUCCAAGUUCCGCGGGCACCAGAAGAGCAAAGGCAACUCGUACGAUGUGGAGGUAGUUCUACAGCAUGUUACCAAGGAAGAUUCUUAUUUGUGUGGUUACCUGAAGAUCAAAGGACUUACUGAGGAGUACCCAACACUUACCACGUUUUUUGCAGGGGAAAUAAUCAGUAAAAAACAUCCUUUUUUAACACGCAAAUGGGACGCAGAUGAGGAUGUAGAUCGUAAACACUGGGGGAAGUUUCAGGCUUUUUAUCAAUAUGCAAAAACAUUUAACUCUGAUGAAUUUGACUAUGAAGAACUAAAGAACAGUGACUACGUCUUCAUGAGGUGGAAGGAACAGUUUUUAGUUCCAGAUCACACAAUCAAGGAUAUCAGUGGAGCUUCCUUUGCAGGUUUUUAUUACAUCUGCUUCCAGAAAUCCACAGCUACUGUCGAGGGCUAUUACUACCACAGAAGUUCAGAAUGGUACCAGUCCUUAAACCUCACCCACGUUCCUGAACACAGUGCCCCAAUAUAUGAGUUCCGGUGACAUCGGCAGUGUCGGACCACCAGCAGAGAAUGGAGUGUUCACAUUCUAGGACUGUUCUGAAAGUUAAUGUAAAGAAACUGUUAAUCAUGAUGACAUGUCAGCCUCCUUUGCUGAAGGGCAGAAAGCAUGAUUGCCAAGUAGCGUAUGGGGCGCACGGCUAACUCAGCUGGAAUGUGGAAACCAGGAUUGACUGGGCAGUUUUAUUUUUUUUAUCUGGGUUGUUAAAAGCUAUUUUAAAAUGUUUAUUUGCACUUUUCCACAAUUUCUGGUGUAGAUUUUAGGUCCUUCAGUUUUCUUCCAUAAUCUGUACGUUUUUUUAUUUGUGACUGCGUCGUGAAAUAAUUAAUUUAUGUUGAAAAGCAUGACACCUUUAUAUUAAGAGUGGAGAAAGUAAGGAGGGAGCAAAUGUGUAAAAGCUGCAAAGCAGUCUCUGAUAUUCACCUUAAGGACUUUUUUCAUUACUGCUCGGAAAAUAAAUUGGUAGCGUUUGCUUUUCAAGAAACUGUCUUAACAAUAUUUGGGAAAUUGUUCCCUUAUAUUUUAACAGUGUGGAGGCUUCAGAAGCUUUGUGGCCUUAAAAUGGAUCUCCCACCCCCAUUUGUCAAUUGAGAUCUGUUUUGAGUGACCUGAGAUUACCUAUCCAGGAAGUUGUGGUGGAUAAUGGUGGUUAUGUAUAUUGCAUUUUUUUUUAAACUAAGAUACUGUGGUGUAGUGCUGACAAUAUGAAAAGUAUCACCAGUUAUCAGUCCAUAUAUGCAUUCAGUUUAAGGUUCUCAGACCCCUGCUGAGUAACAUGAUUACAAUAUUUUUUUUUUUUACAGUUUACAGUCUAUGACAAUACUUACAAUCACUGUAGAAAUAUUUAUGUUCUCCUUUAAUUGCUUAGCAUGGUUUUAUUUAUCAUAAACAAGUUCUAGAAACUGCUAUCAAGACAUUAUAGUAUUAAUUUUAAGCUUGAAACACAGGGCAGUGACAAGUGGGGAUGUGCUUUUUAUGAACGUUUAAAUGCUAUUCAGGUGUCUGCGUUUAAACCACAUCUACACACACACACUCACACACUCUUUAUAUUACAUACUGGUUAGUAUUUUCCAAGCAAAGAAACCCAAAAUAAGCAAAUAACGUUUUAACAUCGUAAAGACUUAACUACAAAGUAAAAAAAAAAAAAAAAGUACACACCAGUAUAUAUUGAAAUUAGGGUUGUCACUAAUUUAUGGGCAUUAGUUAAUAAACUGGUAGAUAAAUCUGUAGAAUCACCCGUGCACAUUUUUAAUAAAAGGGAACAGUCGUAUUGUGGCUGUCCUGCAUAGUAAUACUAAAAAAAUCAAUAGA